ACUACUUUUGGAGAAUAAGGAUGUAUUACUUUGCAAUUUUAUUUUGCACUCUUUUUGUGCCCUUCGCUCAAUCGCUCCAUGUACCAUCUGUUGUACAGUUUGAGAAUAAAAGCGAAAUAUCUGAAUUUAAUAAAAUCAUUGAUACAAAUUCUGAAUCUAUACCAGACAAGCAGAACAAUUUUAAAUCACGGCUCAUUAGACAGGCGUUACCAAUGCUAGUUUCUCGACCAAUGACAAACUUUCGACCAAUCUCAUAUCCUCCACAAACAUCAUCCAAACCAAUAACUAUUACUACAGGUCCAGCGAUCUCAUAUCCUCCACAAACAUCAUCCAAACCAAUAAUUAUUACUACAGGUCCAGCGAUCUCAUAUCCUCCACAAACAUCAUCCAAACCAAUAAUUAUUACUACAGGUCCAGCGAUCUCAUAUCCUCCACAAACAUCAUCCAAACCAAUAACUAUUACUUCAGUUCCAGGGAUCAUUAGAGGGGCGUACCCAUAUAAUUUUUCAAUAUCAGUUUCUGCGGGUGCAGCGAUGGCGAUUUGUGAUAUGAGAGAUGGAAAGUAUGUAAUUAAAACUUGCACGAACGUAAAAUGUACAUUUGAAACAUGUCAAAAUGGACAUUGUACAACUAAGGAAACAAGAAGUAACGGAGCCCAUGUGUCCUGCCCAUAAAUUUUUCCUUUUGAUCUAGAAAAUAACCAAGAAAAAAAUUUUUUUAAAAAAUAAAUUCUUUAUUCACGUAUAUAAACUAAGACACCUGGUUUGUUGUUGUAAUAAAUUUUUUGUCCUUCUAAUAAUUCGAAAUUAAUAUACAUAGUGUUUUUAUGUUCCGGACCACUUAAAAUUUUUUUUUUAAUUUCAUUUUUUAAAUAAAAAAAGUGUAAUUAAAGAAAAAUUUUUUGAGGUUUCGGAACACAAAAAUCACCCUCUAUUAGGGUGCCCAGAAAAAAAGUCAACUUUUGAAUUUCUAUAACGCAACCCCAAAAUUU